AUGGCGCGCCUCCACCUCGUGGCAGCGGCCAUGGCCGUGCUCUUCGCCGUCGCCGCCGCGCAGGCCCCCGGCGCCUCCCCGACGCCCGCCCCCAGGCCCCAGCCCAUCCCGCCGCCGCCUCCAGCUCCGGCCACCCCUCCCGCGCGGCCUCCGGUGAUGGCCCCACCGACCUCCGCCCCCGCGCCCGCCCCGACGGCCCUGGCGCCGGCGCCCACGGCCGCCGCCCCGGCGCCGGAGUCCGUCAUCUCGUCGCCGCCGGCGCCUGCCCCGGGCACGAUCGCUCUGCCCCCAUCCGACGCCCCGGCCGCCUCGCCCCCGCCGCCGAGCGCCGCCACCGGCCUCGCCCCCGCCACCACGUGGGCCGCCGCCGCCGCAGUGGCCGCCGUCGCGGUCUUCUACUGA